AUGACGUCGAAAGGCCAGCGACGACCAACUGCAGUUAUUUCAGAACAAAAUGCGUCAAAUGUGCCAAGAAGUAACGCCUUGGGAAGUUCGACAUACGACGUAAGAAAUGCAGAAGAAGGCGUUGGCAUAUGUGGUUCAAUUCUUGUUGUACUAUCGUAUGUUCUUUGUGCAUUGACAUUUCCAUUUUCACUGUGUAUUGCUGUAAAAGUUGUUCAAGAAUAUGAACGAGCCGUUAUUAUGCGUCUUGGGCGAAUUCUUUCUGGUGGUGCCAAAGGCCCAGGAUUGUUCUUUGUUUUGCCAUGUGUUGAUACAAUCAUGAAAGUUGAUCUACGUACCGUUACAUUCGACGUUCCUCCUCAAGAAAUUCUUACACGCGAUUCUGUGACAGUGUCGGUAGAUGCUGUUGUCUACUUUCGCAUAUUUAAUCCAAUCAUAAGUGUUACUAAUGUUGAAAAUUCACGUUAUUCAACACAAUUACUUGCGGCGACAACAUUACGUAAUAUUUUGGGCACAAAAACGUUACAGGAAAUUUUAUCUGAUCGUGAAAAUAUUUCACAUUCGAUGCAGGCUCAUCUCGAUGAAGGUACAGAUCCAUGGGGAGUGAAGGUUGAACGUGUUGAAAUAAAAGACGUCCGAUUGCCUGUCAGUAUGCAACGUAGUAUGGCAGCUGAAGCUGAAGCUGCUCGAGAAGCUCGUGCGAAAAUCAUUGCUGCUGAAGGUGAACAGAAAGCGUCACGAUCAUUGAAGGAAGCUGCUGAUGUUAUUAAUGAGAGCCCAAUUGCAUUACAAUUACGUUAUCUUCAAACACUAACACAUAUAUCAGCUGAGAAGAAUUCGACUAUUGUUUUUCCAAUACCUAUCGAACUUUUAAGAUUAGUGAACAGGCGAGGCUCGAGCAAUGGCUCGACUGGUUUUUGA